AGCUGUAUAGCCUUGAUCACUAUAAAGAUUCAAUUUAUUUUUCUAAACUGGCUCACCAAUUUUGGAUUUCUUACCACCCGCCUACUGGGGCGAAACAUACAUCUAGUGGAGAUGAAACGCCACCAAUUCCAGAAGAAGAACUGGAACAACAAAAAAUUGAACAUGAAAGACAAAUGCAAAAGGAAAAAGAAUGUCAAGCAAGAGAAGCAGAGGAGGUUAGGAAGUUGGACAUAAAACUUCUCCACCAACGAGCCAUCGAAGCUGAGGAAGAGCAUAAGCGAGAGAUCGCAGCAGUUGAAGAACUUCGUGGCUUAAAUACUUCGUGGUCGCAUCACAGACUCUGUGAUUUGCAGCGGCAAGCUGGCACUAGAUGGCGUAACAGUCGCCCUUCAAUACCAGACACCAAGCACUACAGAAAUGUUCUGAAGAAAGCCUGCAGCGCACAGUUGACUAAACCACAAUCGAGUCAUAGUAUCAGCGACAAUGAAGGCAUAUUUAUAAACCUUUCCCGUUUGGGAUCUUGUAGAGACGAAUCAAUAGAUAGCGAUGGAUGUUGUGAAACACCGUGUUGUGUUAAUGUUGAAGAAACAAGAGCUUGGAGAGCUUCUGCCAACGAUGUCAGUCCUUCAAUCAAAGGAGACCUCGUCAAAGUUCCAUCGUGUCCAGGAUGUCGCGCUCCCAUCGCAUCGCUCGAUUGUAUGGAUGAAUUUAGCGCCAACUCGCAGCAGAUGCUGGAUCAAGCCGGUGACAUAAAUAUGUCAUCUAAGCACAACAUGUCGGCAUACAUGGGCAACCAUGCUAGCAUGCCGUCGUCAGUUACACCUGGUUUGCGGUACAAGAAUUUGGGCAAGUCUGGUCUUAGAGUACCUAACAUUGGCUUGGGAUUGUGGACGAUGUUAAAUGAAGAUUGCGCUGAAGACAUCAUCAUGACAGCCUUGGAAAAUGGCAUCAACUUGUUUGAUUUAUCUGAAGCUCAUUGUGCCCGAGGAGAGGCGGAGCUAGGGAAAAUACUAAAGAAAAGAAAUGUGAGACGAACCAGUAUAAUUAUUACAACCAAAAUUUACUGGAGUACCAAGCUAACAGGUCCUCAUGCUAACAGGUCAGAUGAAAGGGGCUUAUCUAGGAAACAUGUCAUAGAAAGUGUGAAGGCAUCAAUGCAACGACUUCAAGUUGAUUAUAUAGAUGUUGUGCUUUUGCAUAAAAUUGAUCCUGUUUGUCCCAUGGAAGAAUUGGUGCGAGCUAUGACGUUCGUGAUCAAUCAAGGAUGGGUUAUGUAUUGGGGCACGGCACGUUGGUCCCCUUCCGAGAUUAUGGACGCGUACACAAACUGUAGACAGUUCAACUGCAUUACACCAAUAGUUGAACAAACAGAAUACCACAUGUUCUGUAGAGAAAAACCUGAACUAUACAUGCCGGAGUUAUAUCACAAAAUUGGUGUUGGCGUCAUGUGUCUGAUCCCAGGGAUGAUGGCUUGGUCCGCGAUCACGACAGACAAAGGCCUGGGUCGUGAAGAAAUCACUGGACUCUUUGCAAAAUCCAGGUUCAACAGGAAGUAUAGUACAUUUAGCUGGUGUGAGGAGGAUCUUGCUGUACCGGACGUGAGCGAGUUGCGAAUAUCAGGCAGCAAGGAUCAGGUAACUGGGGAAGAACCUCGUACUUAUGGAGAUAAGUUACGUGAUCUGUCCAAUCUUGCUAAUACACUGAAUUGCACCAUGAGUCAAUUAGCUGUGGCCUGGUGUCUCAAGAAUGAAUCGGUCAAUUGCCUGUUACUUGGAGCUACAAGUGUUGAGCAAUUCAAAGAAAAUAUACAUGCUUUACAGAUUGUGCCCCAACUUACUCACACGGUGAUGGCGGACAUCGAGCGGUUAUUAUCAAACAAACCGCAGCGACCACCCAUGGUGUCGACGCUUGCAAUGCGCAAUCAGCAAAAUACCAACACUGUACGAGUAGAUAUGACGGGUGCUUCAACAUCUGGCGCUGGAACACCGAAGCCUGAGCCCGAAGCUGACGCCGAUGCCUCCCCCGCUAAAGAGUCCGGGCGGGGCUUUUGUCAGCUUCAGUGACUGUGGUGGCGCGGAAGCACUGACUCUGCUUCCAAAUCUAGUAAAUCAAAGGAAUCAGUUAAGGAUGGCAAGCCUAAGUUUUUCUUGAACAAUGCUGGUGAAGUUAUUCGACGUGUAGAACAUGACGGCGUUUCGACGGAUGUAGUAAUAUCAGUAUCAUCAUUAAAAGGAAAACAACCAGCAUCGGGCGGAAGUAAAGUGAAGAAAUCCAAAUCGGAUAACUCCAGACCACGAUCAUCCUCUUUACAGAGAUCAUCCUCAGGGCAGCUCUCCGUGUCUCGGGACAGGCGACGAUCUAGAUUCGAUCUCGCCUCUCCUGCAGACUUGUAAAUCAAGACACACAAAAUGUCCUAAAGUAACGAUAAUUGAUUCUUUUGAUUUCGAAUGUUGAAUCUACGUGAAAUUCUAUCUUUAUUGAAUUUCCUUAAUCAUCUAUUUGAUGAUAAUGUCAAUUGAGGCGAGGGUGUCGAUUUUGAAAUUCUUUCUUAAGGUGAGAUUUCAAUGAUCAUUUUGCUGACGAUAUCUUUCUAAGUACUUGUGAAAUGGACGCUAUUAAAUCGCAUAAACGUGACAAACGAAAUUCGGACAGUCUGUGAAUGCGUGUUUUUAAUUAUGUAUUUAUUAUAAUUGUUCAAAUGGAGGAGAAUUAAUCUCAUAAUAUAGCAGUAAUGCUGGUUAAGUAAUAGUGUUUUAAGACUUUAGUGUCGAGCACUUCAAAAACUAGCCUUAAGUUAGUACCAUAUUUUUCAUAGAUGUAUGUUUAUGUGUAGUUACUUCAAUGUUAUCGUUUAUUAACACUUUUGGUGUGCCUAAUUAAUAAAUGUCUUGAUGUUGUUUUUAAAUGUAAUAAACUAUGUGAUGCUAUGUUUUAAUAUUAAACGUAUUAACAUACUAAAAAAUAAAAUUAUGUUAGCAGCACAUAUUUAGUAAACGACACCUAUUUACUAGGUGUUACACCGUAGUAUUGGUACAUGGAAAGAUAGGAAAGUAACUUGUAUAUAAGGAAAUAAAUGGAGUAAGUGAUAGAUGUAUAGUUUGUGUAAUAUCUGUAGUUACUAUCGUUACAGUGCAUUUUAGCGUGUCUUACUUAGAUGAUAUUUAUAGAAAUGAAAUAAAAUGCCGCGUUCACCUUAAUGCCUAUAAGCAGCAAAAUAUUCGCUGAAUCACAUUUGUAAUCUAUAUUUUUAUAUGUUUAGAAAUAAACAUUUUGUGAAUAUUAACAUAAUAUAUAUAUUAAUAGAGGCUUUGUACAAUUUAGUAUGUGGUAAGAUAUAGUUGAUAAUAUUAAUAUUUUUUGUUGUUCUAAAAUAUAUUUUAGCUGUAAACAUCAUCCUUGUAUGGUUAAUUGAUUUGUUAAUAUAAGACGGUUGCCUAAAUUAAGUUAUAAUUAAUAGCAUCGCACAUUAUUUCCAAGCAAUAGAUAGUUCUAUAGCUCUUAUCUAUAGAGUUAGAAUGCAUGCGACAAGUCGCUACCUAAAACCUAUAAAAGAUCCGGCCAAUUCUUCGUAUAUGAUUAGGAAAACUGAGAGCAGUGUGACACGACAUCUAUGAAUUAAUAAUACGUUUAUUGAGCUAUAGAAAGAUUUCGAUAAUAUUAACAAGUUUCGUUUUAUUAAGCCAGAAUUCAUUAUAUGAAUAGGUAUUACAUAUUGAGAGUGGAUGCGGCAUAUGGCGUAGCUAUAAAGGACAGAUCGAGGAGGAGUACAUAUCUGAAGGUCUGUUUAAAUGAUUCCUUUGGAUACUAGUUAAGGGAGAUAGUUUAUUAAGAAAAAAAUUGUAAAAUUCAAAGAUAUCGCUUCCCACUGCUUGCAUUAGUGGUUAGUCAGGUUUCAAAUACUCGUGUGAAUUUGCUCGAGAAAAAAAUCUUUAUCUAACAUGUUAUUUCUAAUAUUAAGGAGUCAUUGAUUACUUCAUUUACAAACAUGUUUGUUUUCAAAAUCAACUCUUCAUUGUCGAAAAUAAUUUUGAAUAUAUAACUUCACAGGCACAAUCACAUUUUAAAAACUAUUACGCAGUCGCUUUUUUAUCAUUUUAAUUAAAUCAUAUAGAAUAAUAGUAUGACAGAAAGUCGUCUUAUGAGUGACGUACGUACACAAGCUUUUAGUUCUGUAAUAUUUUUCAAUAUAAGUUAUUCUUACUCAGGAUAUUAAUGUUGUAGAUAAUUUAUUCAAUUGAUUUUAAAUGUGAAUGUAUGUAUAGGUGUUAAUUACCAUUUACACUUAAUUGAUGUGAGAAUGUACCUACCUUUCAAAUUUUAUACUAAUAAAUGUUUAUUAAAUAUUAAGAACUAAAAUAUCACGUGGAAAUAAUUAUUAUUAUAGGUAGGUGCAUGUUUCAGUGUAAAGAAUUGUGUAACAAUGCAAAAUAAAAAAAAAUUGUGUGUAUGACACCUGUAAUAUAUUUAAUUAUUUAUAUUUGAUGUCUAUCAUAUACAUUACCUUAAAAUAAAGGUUAUUAUAGUGUAUGAACUAACACAUGUGAAUUCUGUCACUGCUUAUAACUUUAUUUGAUCUGCUAUUUGUGUUAUUAAUAAAUUGACAUAAUAUUAACGUAGUUACAAUAUCUAAAUACUUAAUCUAUGUUGUUCAGAAAAUAUAGCACAUUUAGGACUUUAUAUUUGUAUCUGCGAUUCAAUCCGUCGCCUACGAAUAUAUCCAGUGUAAUUUAAAAUAGAUAAGGCUUAUUAAGUAGGUAUACUCGUAUUGGUUUAUUUAUUAAUUACUAGCUACCUAAUUGUUUUGCUUUAUGAGAAUUAAUAAUAUAAUAUAUAAUAACAGAGAUUGAUGGUAGAUGGAUCAAAAUUUAAGAUUAACAAUAGCCUACCCCUACGAUACUCUAUCCUUACUCUCUCCCUAUCCCUACCAUACGCCUACAAUACCCUUACUCUACCGUAAAUACCCUACCCUAUCUCUACCAUGCCACUACUUUUACCUCCCCUGGAGUACAACAAAAAUGUCAAAACCAAAAUCAGCUAAAUCGGCUCAAAAGUACAGCAAUUGAUAUAUUAAUAAUAUAAUUAAUGUCCCCCAACUCGAAAAAAAUUCGAACGGGAAUUUAAUUUGCCUAAUACUGUUGUAUAUAUAUAUAAUUAUAUAUAUAUAAAAUAUAUAUUAUAAUUUAUAUUUAACUACUUUAAAAAAAAUAAUCGUAGCGCGCUGCAAAAGUUCCGUCUAUAUAUUGUAUCUACGCGGGAGAUGCAUAGAACUAGAUAUUAAGCGAUAGCUUUUAAGCUUGUAUAUGUAAGUAGGUGGUCGUUACCACCGAAUCAGAAUCCCUCGUUUUCCAUACAGUAGACACAUAGUUAAGGCUCUUUAUAUACAAGAAAUAAAAUGCACAUAUUUUAUUCCAGUACAUUUAUUUUAUCUAAAUGUAUUGAUGUGAUGUGUUUUCUGAAUUUAAAACAGCACUGUACAAUUAAAAUGUGUAGAACAGUGCGCCUUGUCUUUGAAAAUGUCUGAACACGUGUAAGCUUUCGUUAUUUAAAAUCCUAUAGUUAUACAGGCAAAUAAAUGUAAUUUGAAUUUGGAAAUAAAAAACACUUUUCACAACAAAAUUUUAACUCACUAGUAGUAGAGUAUAUAAUAUUCAGAUUGUGUUGCCAUAUUUUAUUGCAGUAGAUACUAAGAGCCUAUAAUGGUCAGAUCUUUGUCAUUUUAAAAAAGUUUAAUGUUUGACAGGUCAUGAUAAAUCCAUAGUAAUUUUUGGAUUAUCAUGGCUUUGGGAUAUAGCAGGUUUCAAGGCUCUCAAUUGUCUCAAUCACUAGCCGCGGACGGCCAAGACUUCAUCCGCGUGAAACUCGAUGUAAACUUUCAACUACCCCUACCCUACCCUGCCUUACCCUACCCUAUCCUACCUCUACCCUACCUCUACCUUAUCCUUACCCUACACCUAUCCUAAUCCUACCCUACCACUACCCCUACCCCUUCCCUACCCCUACCCUACCCCACUCCUACCCCUACCCUAUUACCCCUUCAAUUUUUUUAAUUUUUUCUAUCUUAAGAACCUUCUCCUGACAAUAACAAACUCAUAAAAAAAAAUAGUGAAAUCCGUUCACGCGUGAUGGCGUGACCAAGGGAUAUUUGGAUUCACUUUUGUUUGUUUGUUUUUUUUUGGCAAGCCUUCCAUUUGGCUACGAUGCUACGUGACGUCUAGAGGCAUGAUUUAUGAGAAACAUUAUGCUUUACACUUGGACUCUCGAAAACUUUUGACUCACAAAGCCUAUUUAAGUUGCUACAUGGGUUAACAAGGUUUCAGCAGUAAUAAAAUUACAAAGGCCUGGCUAAAACAGCCUCUUAAUUUUUAUGUGCUGAAGCUCUUACUUAUAAGUUUUACAUUGUAUUGACGAGCAUAAAACAUGUACAAAUAUAUUUUAGUCGUUUGUUUAGAAGAACUAAUUACUUAAUAUUAAUAUUUUUUAUGUGUUAGAACAACAAUAAUUAUAAAUGUGACAGUAUGAUAAGAAUUGUGUAUUUCCGCACGCUUUAUGCAAAAUCGUUGUCAUACAAACUUCAUACCAUUAGAUAGAUUUUAAUCUUCUGCCACAAAUAGUAUCACAACGCAUUAGAUGUCUGUAUCGAUGUUUGAACCAGCAUAUUAUGUCAAUACCUACUAUCAAUAAAAGCACGACUCACACAUA